AUGUCGCUUUUCAAUGCACGGUACGAUCCCAAAUCCUCAUCAUCUUCGUCGUCACAUCUACCAGGGAGAUUAACUGCUUUGAUAACUUCAAUAUUAGUUGCUCUUGCUUCAGGUACACCUUAUUUAUAUGGUGUUUAUUCUCCACAAUUUGUUAAAAGAAUAGGAUUACUGGCAUCAGAUUCAUCAACGAUUUCAUUAGCUUCAAAUUUAGGUUCUGGUGUUGGUGGAUACCCUGGAGGAUUAAUAAUUGAUCAUUUUGGUCCACAAAAAAGUAUUUUAUUAGGAUCUAUAUGUAUAUUCGUGGGUUAUUUUACAUUACACAAGAUUUAUGAAUUCAAAUAUGAUAAUUUGUUUAUAAUUUGUCUUGCUAUGAUAUCAGCUGGAUUUGGUUCAAUAACUUCAUAUUUUGCAACUUUGAAAGCUUCACAAGCAAAUUUUCCCAAGCAUCGAGGUGCAGCUGGUUCAUUCCCUGUGAGUGCAUAUGGGUUUGCAGCUACUGUAUUUUCUAUAAUUUCAGCUACUUAUUUCAAUGGUAAUACUGGUGGAUUAUUAGAAUUUUUAGCUAUAUUCUGUGGUAGUAUGACAUUUAUUGGAUCAUUUUUCAUUCAUAUUUAUUUAGACCAUAAUGAUGAAUUACCAGGCGAUCCAGAAAUGCAAAGUCCUGAGAUAUUAAGUCCAUCACCAAACUAUUUUGAUGGAAAUAACAAUAAUACGUCUUCUUCAGCUGUUAUUAUAGAAGAAGAGUUAUCGUUGUUAUCAGAACCCGAGGCAGUAGUUAAAGCUCCUGCCACUCCAAUGGAACGUGACGAUUCUUUGAAAGGAUCAAUAUCUUUUUGGGGUAUUGGUGAACGAACUCCUAGAGCAUCUGUUAGUUUACAAGAAUCAGAAGCAAAUACUCUUGUCGAAAACCUUCGAAAUGAAAACAAUUCCAAUACUAAUAACAAUUUAUCAAACCAUUGGUUAUUCAAAUAUCUUCCUAUUCCAAAAGUGUUGCAACAAGAGAAUGGGAAGAUUUUUCUAAUACAUUAUUUCAUAGUUUCAGUAUCCAGUGGAAUUGGUCAGAUGUAUAUCUACACUGUUGGUUUCAUAGUUACUGCUCAAUAUUACUAUGGUAAGAAUAAACAAGACAGGAAUGGCGAUGGAAAUGAAUCAGGAGAUGCAGUACAAUCUUUGCAAGCUCUUCAGGUAUCAAUAAUUUCAAUAGGUUCAUUUUCAGGAAGAUUAUUAGCAGGAUUUUUAAGUGAUUUUAUUCAUAAGAAAUGGCAUAUUCAACGUUUAUGGAUUGUUCAAGUAACGCUUAUUUUAAUGGCUCUUGGACAAUACAUUACACUAGCCAAUGUUAAUGAUAAACAUUUAAUCGCUUUAGCAUCAGCUAUGAUUGGUGGAAGUUAUGGAUUGAUUUUUGGUACUUAUCCUGCUGUUAUUGCUGAUGGUUUUGGUACAAAACAUUUUAGUUCAAAUUGGGGAUUGGUUUGUACUGGACCAUUAAUUACAUUAUGGAUCUUGAAUAAACUUUUCGGUAAGAUUUACGAUUCUAAUUCUGAUCCAGAAGACGGUAUAUGUUAUCUUGGGAACGGAUGCUAUCAAGGUGCAUUCGAGUUAAGUUUGGCACUUUGUUCAGUGACAUUUAUUGUAACGUUAAUUUUGAUAUAUAUUCAACGAAAAUAA